AUGUCAUUCUUAACAUCCUUGGGGACGUUAGAUUUGGUGGGAAUUUUUAUAUCAAUCAUUUUAAUAUACUUGGCACACUUUUAUUACAAAUAUUUUACAAGACCUAAUCCACUACCAGGCCCCAUCCCUCUUACCUUAGUUGGUGAUAUAAUAAGACUUAUUUUAUUAGCAAAUGGAGAUUUAACGGACUGGUUUAAAAUAUUGAAUAAGAAACACGGUGAUAUUUUUGAAUCAUAUCUUGGAAAAACCCGUCAAAUUGUAUUUGCUAGAGCCGAAUAUGUUGAAAAAAUGAUGGCGGCUUCUACCAAAAGUAAUUAUAUAAUUCGAUCGGAAGAUUUCCCUUCAUUUGAUGAAUUGGGAAUAAAAGGGAAAGGAAUUUUACUAAAUAAUCAUAUUCCUGCUUGGAGGUUCAAUAGGAAAUUCUUAACUCAGGCUACUAUGGCUCCAAGUUUCUCAAAAGAAGUUUUACAUUGGACCCCAAUUUUGUUUAAUGAAUUAAGUGGACAUUGGAAAGAAAUUGGGGAGAAAGCUCCAAUCGAUUUCGCCUUAUGGAUUCAUAGAUUUACCACUGACAUUAUCUUUCAAUUAACUAUUGGGCUAAAAGUUAAUGCAAUGGCAACUUAUUUUAACAAUGUCGAACCAACAAAGAAAAGACAUAUCGAACCAAAUCCUGUAGUUGAAGGCAUUGCAAAUUUCGCAGAUGACGCUGAGAAUGGAUUGGAUGAUAUAAAGUUUGCUCUCACUUAUCCCGCUUUUAUUAGACACACUUUAUUGAGAAAAAAGAAUCAGGCCAUGCUUGAUAAUAGGCGUAAAUAUAUUGAAAUUAUGAUGAAAAUUAUUGAUCAUCGAAGAAACGAAAUUGAGGUAACACCAGUUGAGAAAGAAUUGAGACAUGAUAUGUUAACUUCUUUGAUCACCGCAAAUACCGAACGUGAUAUUAAUAACUCCAAAUAUAUGGAUGAAGAUCAUUCUAAACCUUUAGAAAAUGACGAAAUCAGUCAGAUAUUAUUUGAAGCUAUCACUGGCGGAAUUGACACAACAGCAAAUUUAUUAUGUUUUAUUGUAUAUUAUUUAUGCCAUUAUCCUAAUUCUUUAACUAGAUUACAUGAAGAACUUGAUUCAAUAUUUGGCUUGGAUCGUAAUCGUUUACCAACAAUGGAAGACCUCUCAAAAAUGCAAUAUACGGAAGCUAUAAUUAAGGAGUGUUCACGACUCGUAAACACAAUAAAAUCAACUCAACGCAUCUCUUCAUCAUCAGAUGUUGUAGCAGGUUAUGAAUGGCCUACAAACACGACAUUUAUUGCAUAUAUAGAAGGAAUUCAUCUUAAUCCCGUUCAUUGGAAAGAUCCUUAUGAAUUUAAUCCUGAUAGAUUUAUAGGAACUGAACCACAAAAGAAUACAUUUUUGAUGUUUGGUGGUGGAGUGCGAAUUUGUCCAGGGAGAAAAUUAGCUCUUGUGGAAAUUAGAUGUUUAAUCGCUUUAAUAUAUAGAAACUUAGAUAUUACAUUAGUAGAUAUGAAUGCUCCUUUGAAAUUAAAGCAUACCAUCGUAAAUACAUGUGAUGAUGUAAUAUAUUCGUCAACUUUCAAAUUUUCGACUUAUCUUCGUUUAACAAUGACAUUAUUAACUCUUGAAGCGUCAGGUUUUACAAAAAUAAUUAUAUCAUUUCUUUUAAUAUACAUCGCACAAUUUUAUUACAAAUAUUUUACAAGACCAAAUCCACUACCAGGCCCCAUUCCCUUACCUUUGCUCGGAGACUUGUUAAGAAUUAUAUUACAAGCAAAUGGAGAUAGAGCUCAAUGGCUUAAAAUAUUGAAUAAGAAAUAUGGUGAUGUUUUCGAAACACAUCUUGGAAAAACCCGUCAAAUUGUAUUUGCCAAAGCUGAAUAUGUCGAAAAAUUGAUGUCACCUUCUACCAACAGUAAUUUUAUAAUUAAAUCAGUUGAUUACCCUUCAUUUGAAGAAUUAGGAAUUAAAGGAAAAGGGAUUUUAUUGAAUAAUGAUAUUCGUACUUGGAGAUUUAAUAGAAAAUUCUUAACACAGGCAAUUUUGGCUCCAAGCUUUUCGAAUGAAGUUUUACAUUGGACUCCAAUACUUUUUAAUGAAUUAAAUGAAUAUUGGAAAGAAAUCGGAAAGAAUACUCCGAUCGAUUUUGCCGUAUGGAUUCAUAGGUUUACCACAGAAAUUAUUUUUCAAAUGACUGUAGGGUUAAAGGUUAAUUCAAUGGUCACUUAUUUUAAUCAUGUAGAACCUUCAAAGCGAAAACAUAUCGAACCAAAUCCUGUAGUUGAAGACAUUGCAAAUUUCGUUGACGAUGUUGAGAAAGGAUUUGAUCAUUUAAUAUUUGCCCUUAUGUAUCCCGCUUUAAUUAGACAUACCAUCUUGAAAAAAAAGAAUCAAGCCAUGCUUAGUCAUCGACGUAAAAUUGUUGAAACUAUGGAGAAGGUUAUUGAUUAUCGAAGAAAAGAAAUUGAGGCAACCCCGGUUGAAGAUAAAUUGAGACAUGAUAUGUUAACUUCUUUGAUCACCGCAAAUACCGAACGUGAUAUCAAUGAAUCCAAGUAUAUGGAUGAAGAUAAUUUUAUGCCUUUAAAUAAUGAUGACAUACAUCAAAUUUUACUUGAAGCUAUUGCUGGAGGAAUUGACACAACUGCAAACUUAUUAUGUUUUGUCAUAUACCAUUUAUGUCAUUAUCCUGAUAUUUUGGCUCGUUUGCAAAAGGAACUUGAUUCAAUAUUUGGUUUGGAUCAGCGUAUGCCUACAAUGGAAGAUAUCUCAAAGAUGUAUUACACGGAAGCUAUAUUUAAGGAAUGUUCUCGUCUCGUAAAUACAGCCAAAGCAACACAACGCGUUUCUUCUUCGUCGGAUAUAAUCUCAGGCUAUGAAUGGCCCGCCAACACGACUUUUAUUGCAUAUAUUGAAGGAAUUCAUCUUAAUCCCGUUCAUUGGAAAGAUCCUUAUGAAUUCAAUCCUGAUAGAUUUAUAGGAACUGAACCACAAAAGAAUACAUUUUUGAUGUUUGGAGGUGGAGUAAGGUUAUGUCCAGGAAGAAAAUUAGCUAUUGUCGAAAUGAAAUGUCUAAUCGCUUUAAUAUAUAGAAAUUUAGAUAUCACAUUAGUAGAUAUGAAUGCUCCUUUGAAAUUAAAGCAUACUAUCGUAAAUACGUGUACCGAAUUACAGAUCAAAGUUAAACAAAGAUCCAAAUCGUAA